UUAGUAGCUUAUUGAUCCCAGAAUCUCAUCAAGCAGCUUCUUGAAGGAUCCCAGGGUGUCAGCUUCAACAACAUUACUGGGGAGUUGGUUCCAGACCCUCACGAUUCUCUGUGUAAAAAAAGCGCCUCCUAUUUUCUGUUUUGAAUGCCCCCUUAUCUAAUCUCCAUUUGUGACCCCUGGUCCUUGUUUCUUUUUUCAGGUCCCCUGGGUUGUCCAUACCUUUUAGGAUUUUGAAUGCUUGAAUCAGAUCGCCGCGUAGUCUUCUUUGUUCAAGACUGAACAGAUUCAAUUCUUUUAGCCUGUCUGCAUACGACAUGCCUUUUAAACCCGGGAUAAUUCUGGUUGCUCUUCUUUGCACUCUUUCUAGAGCAGCAAUAUCCUUUUUGUAACGAGGUGACCAGAACUGAACACAAUAUUCUAGGUGAGGUCUUCCUAAUGCAUUGUAAAGUUUUAACAUUACUUUUCUGUUCUGAAUGCCCCUUUAUCUAAUCUCCAUUUGUGACCCCUGGUCCUUGUUUCUUUUUUCAGGUCAAAAAAGUUCCCAGGGCAGUGGAAUGCAAUUUAAAAGUUUUUUUUAAAAACAAGUGGUAAAAAUGUAACAAAAGUUUUAAUUAAUUAAAACAAUUAAAACACACGCGUUUGGUAAACAGGUGUAGAAACACAUGGGAACGUGCGACACAAUCAAAUAAAAAGGUCUUUCUGUACCCUUUAAGAGGGAGCAAUCAGCAAGCGAGGAGAUCUGACCGACACUGAGCCUGACGGAUGGAAGCAGGGAGAGGAGGAGGAGGAGGAGGGAGAGGAAGGGGAGGAGGAGGAGGAGGGGGGAGAGGAAGGGGAGGCAGACACAGACAACACGAGCAGGACCCCGAUGUGCGUUUGUCUAAAGCGCUCGCCUUCGUCCUGAGACACGGAGCGGACGGGCUGGGACUCACCAUGGGCUCGGACGGGUUCCUGUGUGUCGAUGACCUCCUCGCUCACCCCCGGUUUCGUUCGUACUCAUUGGACGACGUGCAGAGAGUCGUGGCGACCAAUGACAAGCAGCGCUUCAAGCUCCGCCCACACCCCGAGGACGGACGACUGCAGAUACGAGCCAAUCAGGGGCAUUCUGUGCAGCUAGACUCGCUGGCGCUGACCCCCCUGGACCCCCUCUCUCCCGACACCCCCCCCAGCGCCGUGCACGGCUCCUACCUGCGUCACUGGAGCUCCAUUCGAACCCGCGGCCUGUCCAGGAUGAGUCGAACCCACAUCCACCUGGCGCCCGGCCUGCCCGGGGACAAGAGCGUCAUCAGCGGCAUGAGAGGCGACUGUGAUCUGGCAAUAUUCAUAGACAUGCGAGCAGCGAUGCGAGACGGGCUGCAGUUCUUCCGCUCGGAUAACGGGGUGAUCCUGACCCCCGGAGACUCGCUGGGGCUCCUGCACCCCCGAUACUUCAACAGAGCCCUGAAACUGAGAGAGCCAGCAUGCGAACUUCCUUUGAAUUGAAGACACUGAGAGAGACUUCCAGUGGAAACGUUUGCCAUUGAAUUGACAGUGAAGACGCUGAGAGAGACUUCUAGUGGAAACGUUUGCCAUUGAAUUUACACUGAAGACCCUGAGAGAGACUUCCACAGUGGAAACGUUUGCCGUUG